UGCAGUGCCUGGAGAUGACCACCAAACGGAAAAUCAUUGGCCGUCUGGUGCCGUGCCGAUGUUUCCGAGGUGAAGAAGAAAUCAUCUCUGUGUUAGAUUACUCCCACUGCAGCCUUCAACAGGUGCCAAAGGAGGUCUUUAACUUCGAGCGGACAUUGGAGGAGCUUUAUCUAGAUGCCAAUCAAAUUGAGGAGCUACCCAAGCAAUUGUUCAACUGUCAAGCUCUACGAAAACUAAGUAUUCCUGAUAAUGACCUUUCGAACCUGCCAACCUCUAUUGCUAGUUUAGUUAAUCUUAAAGAACUGGACAUCAGUAAAAAUGGUGUACAAGAAUUUCCAGAAAAUAUAAAGUGCUGUAAGUGUUUGACAAUAAUUGAAGCCAGUGUCAAUCCCAUUUCCAAACUCCCUGAUGGAUUCACACAGCUUCUAAACCUGACCCAGCUCUACCUGAACGACGCCUUUCUUGAAUUUCUUCCAGCCAAUUUUGGAAGACUCGUCAAAUUGAGGAUCUUGGAGUUAAGAGAAAAUCACUUGAAAACUCUACCAAAGUCAAUGCACAAACUGGCCCAAUUGGAAAGACUUGACCUAGGAAAUAAUGAAUUCAGUGAGCUGCCUGAAGUUCUGGAUCAAAUACAAAAUUUAAGGGAGUUAUGGAUGGAUAAUAAUGCAUUGCAAAUUCUACCUGGGUCUAUAGGGAAGUUAAAGAUGCUGGUAUACCUGGAUAUGUCCAAAAACAGAAUAGAGACCGUCGACAUGGACAUUUCUGGCUGUGAAGCCUUGGAGGACCUCUUACUGUCAUCCAAUAUGUUACAGCAGCUACCCGACUCCAUAGGACUGUUGAAAAAACUCACUACUCUAAAAGUAGAUGACAAUCAACUUACAAUGCUACCCAAUACAAUUGGAAAUUUGUCUUUAUUAGAAGAAUUUGACUGUAGCUGUAAUGAGCUGGAGUCGAUACCUUCAACUAUUGGCUACCUUCAUAGUCUUCGAACAUUAGCAGUUGAUGAGAAUUUCCUUCCAGAAUUACCCAGAGAGAUUGGAAGCUGCAAAAAUGUAACAGUUAUGUCUCUGCGCUCCAAUAAGCUGGAAUUUCUUCCUGAAGAAAUUGGACAGAUGCAGAAACUGAGAGUAUUAAAUCUGAGCGACAACAGAUUGAAGAAUUUACCAUUCUCAUUUACAAAACUUAAAGAACUUGCAGCAUUGUGGCUCUCUGACAACCAGUCCAAAGCUCUUAUCCCUUUACAAACGGAAGCCCAUCCAGAAACAAAGCAAAGAGUGUUGACCAACUACAUGUUUCCCCAGCAACCUCGUGGUGAUGAAGAUUUCCAGUCAGACAGUGACAGCUUUAAUCCUACCCUGUGGGAAGAACAGAGACAACAACGCAUGACUGUUGCCUUUGAAUUUGAGGAAAAAAAAGAAGAUGAUGAAAGUGCUGGGAAAGUUAAGGAUCUGUCCUGCCAAGCCCCCUGGGACAGGGGCCAGCGUGGGAUUACUCUCCAACCUGCCAGACUGUCUGGCGAUUGCUGCACACCAUGGGCCAGGUGUGAUCAGCAGAUUCAAGAUUUGCCCGUCCCCCAGAAUGACCCACAGCUGGCAUGGGGUUGUAUAAGUGGCCUCCAGCAGGAGAGGAGCAUGUGUACUCCAUUGCCAGUUGCAGCACAAUCCACCACUCUUCCCUCUCUAAGUGGCAGACAGGUUGAAAUAAACCUAAAACGAUAUCCAACUCCUUACCCAGAGGAUUUAAAGAAUAUGGUAAAAUCUGUUCAAAAUCUGGUGGGUAAGCCAAGCCAUGGAGUGCGUGUUGAGAAUUCAAACCCAACUGCUAACACGGAGCAAACUGUGAAAGAAAAAUUUGAACACAAGUGGCCGGUAGCACCCAAGGAGAUUACAGUGGAGGAUUCUUUUGUUCAUCCAGCUAAUGAAAUGAGGAUUGGGGAACUUCACCCUUCAUUAGCUGAGACCCCUCUGUACCCACCCAAACUUGUUCUGCUAGGGAAGGACAAAAAAGAAUCAACUGAUGAGUCUGAAGUUGACAAAACUCACUGUCUGAAUAACAGUGUUUCCUCAGGCACUUACUCAGACUACUCGCCUUCCCAGGCUUCCUCGGGAUCCUCUAACACCCGGGUUAAAGUGGGGUCCUUGCAGACAACAGCUAAAGAUGCCGUUCAUAAUUCUUUGUGGGGUAACAGGAUUGCCCAAUCUUUCCCACAGCCUCUUGAUGCUAAGCCAUUACUCAGCCAGCGGGAGGCCGUUCCUCCAGGAAAUCUACCCCAGCGUCCUGACCGGCUGCCAAUGAGUGAUGCUUUCACUGACAACUGGACUGAUGGCUCACAUUACGAUAACACAGGGUUUGUGGCUGAGGAAACCACAGCGGAGAAUGCCAACAACCCUCUCUUAGGUUCCAAGUCGAGAAACAACGCGCCUUCCCACGGACGCAGGCCUCUGAUCAGGCAGGACAGGAUUGUUGGUGUCCCCCUGGAACUUGAGCAAUCUACACACAGACACACGCCAGAAACAGAAGUGCCUCCUUCCAAUCCUUGGCAGAAUUGGACCCGAACCCCUAGCCCGUUUGAAGACAGGACCGCUUUUCCUUCCAAAUUAGAGACAACCCCCACUACCAGCCCCUUGCCCGAAAGGAAAGACCAUAUCAAAGAGCCUACUGAGCUACCUGGGCCGUUUUCGCCAGGAGUGCCGUGGGAGUAUCACGAUUCCAACCCCAGCAGGAGUCUUGGGAAUGUCUUUUCCCAAAUCCACUGCCGCCCAGAUUCAUCUAAAGGUGUUAUUGCCAUUAGCAAAAGCACAGAAAGGCUUUCCCCUCUCAUGAAGGAUAUAAAGUCCAGUAAAUUCAAGAAGUCACAGAGUAUCGAUGAGAUUGACAUUGGUACCUACAAGGUUUACAACAUACCGUUAGAAAACUACGCUGCGGGCAGUGACCACUUAGGAAGCCACGACAGGCCAGACAAACUGCUGGGACCCGAGCACGGCAUGAUGCCCAGUAUGUCUCGAAGCCAGUCGGUUCCCAUGCUGGACGAUGAGAUGCUCACUUACGGAAGUAGUAAAGGGCCCCAACAACAAAAGGCCUCCAUGACCAAAAAGGUGUAUCAGUUCGACCAAAGCUUCAAUCCUCAAGGAGCCGUGGAAGUCAAAGCCGAGAAGAGGAUACCUCCCCCGUUCCAGCACAACGCGGAGUACGUGCAGCAGCCCGGCAAGAACCUCGCCAAAGAUCUGGUUAGUCCCAGAGCCUACCGGGGCUACCCCCCCAUGGAGCAAAUGUUUUCCUUCUCCCAGCCGUCGGUGAAUGAGGAUGCCGUGGUGAAUGCCCAGUUUGCCAGCCAAGGAGCCCGGGCGGGCUUCUUGAGAAGAGCCGACUCCCUGGCCAGCUCCACGGAGAUGGCCAUGUUCCGCAGGGUCAGUGAGCCCCACGAGCUGCCUCCCAGCGAGAGGUACGGCCGACCUGCCUAUAGGGGAGGGCUGGAUCGCCAAAGCAGCGUAUCCGUGACUGAGUCCCAGUUCCUGAAGAGGAAUGGCAGGUACGAAGACGAGCACCCUUCGUACCAAGAAGUGAAAGCGCAGGCGGGAAGUUUUCCAGUAAAAAACCUUACCCAGAGGAGGCCGCUGUCUGCCAGAAGCUACAGUACAGAGAGUUACGGGGCCUCCCAGACCAGGCCAGUUUCAGCUAGGCCUACCAUGGCAGCUCUUUUGGAAAAAAUACCGUCUGACUAUAACUUGGGUAACUAUGGUGACAAGCCAUCAGAUAACAGUGAUUUAAAGACGAGGCCUACUCCUGUGAAAGGGGAGGAGAGCUGUGGUAAAAUGCCUGCAGACUGGAGACAACAGCUGCUUAGACAUAUAGAAGCUAGAAGGUUAGACAGGAAUGCUGCUUACAAACACAACACAGUUAACCUUGGCAUGCUGCCCUAUGGAGGUAUUUCAGCAAUGCAUGCAGGCAGAAGCAUGACUUUAAACUUGCAGACUAAGUCUAAAUUUGAUCAUCAAGAACUACCUCUUCAGAAAACCCCGUCCCAGCAAAGCAACAUUUUAGACAAUGGACAAGAAGAUCUAUCUCCUAGUGGCCAAUGGAAUCCUUAUCCACUUGGGAGGCGGGAUGUACCUCCGGACACCAUUACUAAAAAGGCAGGCAGCCACAUCCAGACUUUGAUGGGGUCGCAAAGCCUUCAGCAUCGCAGCCGGGAGCAGCAGCCAUAUGAGGGAAACAUAAACAAAGUGACCAUCCAGCAAUUUCAGUCACCAUUGCCUAUUCAGAUCCCCUCUUCACAGGCCACCCGGGGACCUCAGCCUGGACGGUGCUUAAUUCAAACUAAAGGGCAAAGGAGUAUGGAUGGCUAUCCAGAGCAGUUUUGUGUGAGAAUAGAAAAGAAUCCUGGUCUUGGAUUUAGUAUCAGUGGUGGAAUUAGUGGACAAGGAAAUCCAUUCAAACCUUCUGACAAGGGUAUCUUUGUUACUAGGGUUCAGCCUGAUGGGCCAGCAUCCAACCUACUGCAGCCUGGUGAUAAGAUUCUUCAGGCAAAUGGACACAGUUUUGUACAUAUGGAACAUGAAAAAGCUGUUUUACUACUGAAGAGUUUCCAGAACACAGUAGACCUAGUUAUUCAACGUGAGCUUACUGUCUAAAUAUUUUUUAUAAAUAGUGAAGAUACGUCUAGCCAGAGCUAAUGUUCAAAAAUAAAUUUAUACAUAGAAGCAAAUUUUUGCCAAUUGCUGGACCAAUGGCAAACAUUAUUGCCAAGUGUAUAAUACUCUAUGUUAGCACUGAUCACCCUUGCAGAUGUUAACUCUAUAAAUACAAUGUUCAUGUGGUUAUGUAUUAGUUUUAAUUGUCAGCCUCUGGCUGUGCAUUGGUGCGGUUUUGGUUCUGUUUCUGUUUUUAAACCCAAUAAGUUUCUUCUCAAAGUGAAUUUCAUAUAAUUUCAGAGCACGGAAGCACACACAAGCUCUUUACAAAUUCUGCUCUCCAUCAGAAACACUGCCUCAAAGUUGUAUAUGCCUUUAUAUAGAAAAUAUGACUAUAAAGAAUUGUAAUUCCCAUAAAAUAUUUCUAGCACAAGGUAUAUGUUGGCAUAUAUAAAAAAAGAAUAUAAGAGAAAAAACAAU